CAUCGACAAAAUUCCAAACGAACAUUAAAUACUUCUUUCCUGCUUGACGAGCGCAAUAAUCUCGAGGUACUUCACGCUUUGGCACUAUCAUCGAUUGACAGAAAAACUCUACCCCGCCAUGGCCCCCUCAGCGACAUCUCCCCCUCCAACGAGCGACCCCACCAUCCUCGCCCUUCGCAAAACCCUCUGCUCAGAAACCGAACCUCUCGCACGUCGAUUCCGAGCCCUCUUCUCCCUCAAGCAUCUAGCAUGCCAAGCCUCGCUCCCCGCCAUUCAGGCUAUCGCUGCAGCUUUCGCCUCGCCUUCUGCUCUCCUCAAGCAUGAACUAGCUUACUGUCUAGGCCAGACGAAGGACGUGGCUGCUGUACCGUUCUUGAGAGAUGUGUUGGAAAAUAAGGAUGAGGACCCGAUGUGUAGACAUGAGGCUGCGGAGGCACUAGGUGCUAUUGGUGAUAUGGGAAGUUUGGAUUUACUAAAGGAGUUGAGGGACACACCUGAGGAACUCGUGGUUGUUAAGGAGACAUGUGAGAUCGCUGUUGCGAGAAUUGAGUGGGAGAACAGUGAAGAAAGAAAGAAGGAAAAGUUACAGAAGAGCGACUUCGCGUCCAUCGAUCCCGCGCCAACUUCAGAACAGACCGAGUCGAUCGAGGAUUUGGAGAAGAGCUUGUUGGAUACUACCAAGCCUCUAUUCCUACGCUACAGAGCUAUGUUCGGCCUGCGAGAUCUCGCUUCGCCACCAGACCUCCCAACUGCCGUCCCUGCUGUUCUUGCCCUCGCCAAGGGAUUCGCAGAUCCAUCCGCCCUCUUCAGACACGAGAUCGCUUUUGUCUUUGGCCAAUUGUCACAUCCUGCUUCCAUCCCGGCCCUGACUGCUGCUCUUGGUGAUUUGCAGGAGGAGAGUAUGGUCCGACACGAGGCUGCUGAGGCUCUGGGUAGUCUGGGCGAGGAGGAUGGUGUUGAGGAAACACUGAAGCGGUUCUUGAACGACAAGGAGCAAGUUGUUCGGGAGAGUGUGAUUGUGGCUCUGGAUAUGGCGGAGUUCGAGAAGACUGGUGAGGUCGAAUAUGCAUUGAUUCCAGAGACUGCGAAUGCAUAG